GAUUGUUUCAUUGAUUGUGUGCACGAUCUGAGUUUAAAACUUUGUAACUGUACUGAUCCAUCCCUGAAACUAGGAGAAGAUGUUAAAAUAUGUUCAUUGGAAUCGGAUGCACACGUGUGCUGUUUGGACGACGUUCUGGCGGGUGUGAUGAAUAGAACAUUCAAAUGUGACUGUCCUCUUCCCUGCAGAAAGUCUACGUUUGAUAUGAUUUUGUCGUCUUCAGUGUCGUUGACCAAGCAGGACAAGCACAAGGUUCCAGAACCUUCACGCGAAAGUGUCCAGAACAACUCAGAUUCAAGAAGUGGUUUGCUUCAUAAUCUGCCCUCUGCAAAUGAAAACUUUGCCAAACUUCGGGUGUUCUACAAAACGUUAGAUCACAUAAUCUAUAGGCAGCAGCCUAAGUAUCAAAGUAAUGAAAUCUUUAGUAACCUUGGUGGACAACUAGGACUGUGGCUAGGGAUCUCCUUAGUGGCCUGGUUUGAGGCUCUAGAGACCAUCUACCUGCUGAUUGGAUACGUACUUUCUAAACGACGAAUUCAGGAAGGAGAAAACUAAGGUGGUUUUAGUAGUUAAUAACAGCUGAAUCUGACCUUUCACCUUUCUUCAACCGGUGAAGCUGACCUUUUGCCUUUCUUGAAAAGGUGAAUCUGACCUUUCACAUUUCUUCAACAGCUGAAUCUGACCUUUCACCUUUCUUCAACAGGUGAAUCUGACCUAUUACUUUUCUGCAAAAGUUGAAGCUGACCUUUCACCUUUCUUCAACCGGUGAAGCUGACCUUUCACAUUUCUUCAACAGGUGAAUCUGACCUUUCACCUUUCUUCAACAGGUGAAUCUGACCUUUUACCUUUCCUCAACAGGUGAAGCUGACCUUUCACCUUUUUUCAACAGGUGAAGCUGACCUUUUACCUUUCUUCAACAGGUGAAGCUGACCUUUUACCUUUCUUCAACAAGUAAAUCUGACCUUUUACCUUUCUUCAACAAGUGAAUCUGACCUUUCACUUUUCUUCAAUCGUUUCGUAUAGGACAAUCCUGUCUAUGUAUUAUGUAAUUAAAGCUUUCAAUUUUCUGUAUUAUAAAUAAUAAUAAUUAUCCUGAUUUUUAUAUAAUGAUUUUUGAAUUUUAUCUAUUUUACAAAUUCAGAUAUAACUUAUAAAACCAAACAGCUGCUUGAAGUAAUGUUAUCUCCUUCUAGAAGGUGCCUGAAAAAUUGAAAUAACACAACUCACAAUACAUGUGUAUUAACUAUGCUUAAGUUCCCGCCAGAGAGCGCUAUCAGCAGGAAUUAUGAAAAAAAAAACGUUUGUGUAACUUAAGAAACUUAUUGAACACUAUGUAUUUGUUUCUAUUAAGUUUUAUCAAA